ACUCGCAAUUUUACAUUCACUCGGCUGCGCUGCAACUGCAAAUAUUGCUCGUAAAAAAAUAUGCACUUUUAAUCCUUAUACUAAUUUUUUAUAAUCUCGAUAGUAAUAUACUUCCAUUUUUCGAUAGUAUAAAACAAAAUUUUCGUGUACUAACUGUCAUAUCGAUAAGUACAAGGCCGCUUGCUAAAGAAGAAUACGAUACUAGAGACAUCUUCAAAUGUCUUUUUUGUGAAAAUACAAAGCUUAGGUUAUUUGGCUUGUGCACGUGUGUAGUUUGUACUAAUUUUAUAAAUCGUUAUUAUUUAAUGGGAACGAAAUAAAAAUGACCAAAUUAUACAUUUUAUUUGAACACGCAGCUGGAUAUGGCGUGUUUAAGGUUCAAGAAUUCGAAGAAAUCGGGAUGUUACUCCCACAAAUUGAAGCAGCAGUUAACGACGUGAGUCGCUUUAAUAGUAUCGUUAAACUUGUCGGAUUUUGUCCAUUUAAAUCUGCUUUAACUGCGUUAGAAAAUGUUAACGCAAUUUCCGAAGGUAUUCUUCCAGAAGAAUUACAACAAUACUUGGAUAUUACAAUACCCAAAGGCACUAAAAAAGACAAACCAACUUUGGGCGUGAGUGAUCCAAAACUUUCGGCUGCAAUAACUGAAGCUUUGGGAAUUAACUGUAGCCAUAUUGGUGUUGUUCCAGAAGUGAUUAGAGGUAUAAGGGCGCAUUUUCAUAAUUUAGUUAAAGGUUUUACUUUAAAAAGCUCAGGAGUUGCACAAUUAGGCUUAGGUCAUUCUUAUUCACGUGCUAAGAUAAAGUUUAAUGUACAUAGAGUGGAUAAUAUGAUUAUUCAAUCAAUAGCUUUAUUGGAUCAACUAGAUAAAGAUAUCAACACUUUUUCUAUGAGGAUUCGAGAAUGGUACUCCUAUCAUUUCCCAGAAUUGAUAAAAAUAGUGCCAGAAAACUAUACGUUUGCUAAAGUUGCAAAAUUCAUCAAAAACAGGAAAGAUUUAUCUGAAGAAUCAUUGGAAGGUUUAGAGGAGCUCACAAUGGAUUCGGGAAAAGCUCAAGCCAUUUUAGAUGCAUCAAGAUCCAGUAUGGGAAUGGACAUAAGUGAUAUUGAUUUAUUGAAUAUCGAAAUGUUUGCUACUAGAGUAAUUUCUUUAGCAGAUUACAGGAAACAACUAGCUGAAUAUUUACGUAGCAAAAUGGCAGACGUAGCUCCAAAUUUAGCGACUUUAAUUGGUGAUCAAGUUGGUGCUAGAUUAAUCGCACAUGCAGGAUCUUUAACAAAUCUUGCUAAAUAUCCCGCGUCUACAGUUCAAAUUCUGGGUGCCGAAAAAGCUUUAUUCAGAGCUUUAAAAACUAGAGGCAAUACCCCUAAAUAUGGUUUGAUAUUCCACUCUACAUUCAUUGGUCGUGCAGGAACCAAAAACAAAGGUCGUAUUUCAAGAUAUCUUGCUAAUAAAUGUUCUAUCGCUUCGAGAAUAGAUUGUUUUGCUGAACAACCUUCCCAAAUAUUUGGAGACAAACUUCGUCAACAAGUUGAAGAUCGUCUUAAGUUUUAUGAAACUGGUGAUGUUCCAAAGAAAAAUAUUGAAGUGAUGAAAGAAGCAUUAAAUGAAUACGAACAUUUGGUACUACAAACUGAAAUUGAAAAGAAGAAAAAAAAGAAAAAGAGGAAAGGAGAAGUUUUAAAUGAAACUAUUGAAACAGAUAAAACUGAAAUUGAGGAAUCAGAACCACCUAAAAAGAAGAAGAAAAAGAGGAAGGGAGAAGUUUCAAUUGUCGAAACUGAUAAAACUGAAGUUGAAGAAUCCGAACUACCCAAAAAGAAGAAGAAAAAGAAGUCUGUAUCUUUAGAGGAUAGUCAAGACUCUGAAUUGAAUGGUACAGUGGAAAAUGGAGAAGAAAGUCCAAAAAAGAAAAAGAAGAAAAAUAAAGUGAACAGUGAAUAAAAUGAGUUACUAAUCUAUGUUUUAAUAAUAGGAUUAAUAGUUUCUCUUUAACAAAUAUUGGAUCAUCAUGGAAAUAUUGAGAAGGACACAUUUUGAGACGGUUAUUUGGUCAAGUUUUUUAUCCAAAUUUAGUUUUAUUUAUCAAUCUAAUUUCCUUGGAAAGUAUUACAUUCAAUCUAACUCUUUUCCAAUCUUCUCAUGCCAUUUUUAUUUCUAAACCAUUUGUAUAGAGGGGACUCUUCAGAUAUUAAUAAUCAUUUUCAUAGAGCAACUCUUAGGCAACAUCUGUAAGGUCAUCCCCAAAGUCCUAUGUGCCUCAGGAGUAAUUACUGUAGGGAUUAACUAAAUCCCGGAAGGUCUUUGCCAUAAAACAAUCUUAGAGAUUUACAAAAUAUGAAUUUCCACAAUAAAUCACCUGUACCUCUGUUUUCUUUGGAAUACUAUCAAAUUUAAAUAUGUUGAUGCCAAUUAUUGUUAGGUAGGAAUAUAUAAACCCCACAAUUUGGUAUCGUCUCCUUCAAUGAUUUUUCUGUAAACUUUUUCAUUUCCAUUAGUUCGUUUUCAUUGUUUUUGAAACCUCAGAUUGUUUAGUUUGAAAAACAAACUACUCAAGAAAACAAACCCAAAUGAAACUGUUAUCUUUUGAUAGAUGUUAUCUCAAGGGUGGUAUCAGAUUGAUCAAUAGUGUAGGUAUCUGAAACUUAAUCCAUACAAUGUUUUAAAUACCAUUCAAGGUAUUGAGUGUUACUUUGUUUUUAAAGAAAUUGGGAUAUUGAAUAAACAAAAAAUUUCAAUUAAUUAAUUAAUUAAAAAGGUACUACUGCUAAAUUAGACGGUUUUUUAAGUAUGUUUACAAAAAUAUAUUUUAAUUAAAUUUAUGUAUAUUAUUAUCUAGUUUAUUUGUAAUAAGUUUUUUUUUUUUUAAUAAUACUAAAAAUAUGUCUUCAGUAUAUUUGAACUACCACUCAUAAAUUAUGUUUUCCAUUGUCUAAUUUUUUAUACCCAAGUUUUUCAGUAUCAAAUCACAACAUAGGAAUUUGAAUAGAAGCUUGUAAUAUAUCGAGUGAUGGAGACGAAGUUGGUGUUAAAUGGGCUCUGAAAAUGUCAAAUUAUGUCAAAAGUUAGGAAAUUGAAUGUAUACUACACACACAGUCAAUUAUCACUCAAAAUUACCUGGUCUUACCUUGUUUAAAUCAUUUUUAGAGUUAAAAUGAAUUCCCCUUGUUUGUAGUACAACAUUUUUAGAAAAUUUUAAAUAUUACACCCUAUAUAUAAUCACAUUUACAUUAACGGUAAAUUAAAAAUCAGUUACUACUGCUUCAAGAUCUCAAAAUUUUCAUAACAAAUCCUUUUCGAUGUUUAAUUUCAAUAAAAAAAUAUCUUAAUUGACAACUUUUUUAUUUUGUAAAGACCUACAAUAAGUUAAUGAGCGGAAUGUUUUUCAAAUGGUACAGUACAUUAAUUCUAGACAUUCAAAUUCUUACCUAGAAGGCACAAUGGUCGAAAUAGUAUAACAAAUAAAAAAAAUAAAAUGC